AUGACUAAAGUCCUCCCCGAGCAGAGGGAGGAGAUCAAGCGCAAAGAAAUGCAUUUCAACUACACAACUCGACACAUUCCACCCUCAAAACCCCAAACGGGAUUUCCUGGUUACUAUGCACUCGUCCCCUUUUUCCUGCUCACAUCGAUUGGAUGUGUAAUGGCGUUGGUGGUUUAUGUCAGAAGGAGGUCCAGAUUAGAUGAGCUGCGGCACAGGCUGAUUCCUCUGUACAGCUACGACCCGGCGGAGGAAGAAGGAGAGUGGGAAGAGGAGGAAGAGGAGGAGGAGGAUGAGCUGGCUGAACCGUUGUAUCAGGAAGGAAAGCUCUCCUUUUUAUGAUGAAAAGAACAGAGUGUCAUAACCAGAAGGCCAAGAGAAAGAAAAACAAUGUUUUGUUGAUUAAAGGACAAGAAAUAAAGAUUUGAAACAUCUGAGUUAUUGCACUGCUACAGCUGUUAUUUCAGCUGAAGGCAGCAGAUGGUGCUGUAAGCCUUUUUUUUUAAAACAGAACUUUUAUAUUUCAAACUGUUGUCAAGGAUGAAGUGUGAUGUUUUUUUCUUUCCAGCAAUAAACUUGAAG